AUGACUCGCACUCGACGCUGCCUUGCUGUGCUCGUUGCCAUUGCCUUCUCGCUAGUCUCUGUGUCCUAUCACUAUACCCUCUCGGACGGGUUACUUUCGCCACCUUCGCUUACUAGCUUGUGGCCUUCGCAGUUUCCAGACUCAUCUCCUGAACAGAGACUCACUGGACCACCCCCGCAAGACGCGCUCUCGAGUGCGGCCAGGAUAUAUAAUCAACACAACAAGGUGUUUGGCAUCUUCUCUCGGGUGCUCGUCGUAUCACGUCCCAGCCGUGUCGAUCGCCGCGCAACCAUGGAACGCUUGCGACUCGCUCUGGGUAUACCUUGGUCCUAUGUCGAUGCCAUCUCCCAUGACGAGCCGGUCGUGGACUCUAUCAUAGAUUGCGUCAAAUCUGUUCGUAGCGGUACUGGUACUCGCAUCUUCGAAUGGCCCUCUAAUCUCGCAUCUGGAAGUGGGGAUUCGGACUCGUCCAAGCCGCCACCGCCCUCGGAAUCCUCUUGCUUUCCUCCGGUACCUCACGCGGCUUCUACAACCUUCUCUUCAGCGGACUUCAGCUCUGGCGACACCCCCUUCACCUCGCAUCUGCCGUCAUUCAUGCUGCUUACACCUGCAAGGAUCGCUUGCUGGUAUUCUCACCUCACCGCCAUCCAGCAAAUCGCCGACUACGGCCACCUUGAACAACACAGCGAAGGGAACCAGUCAUCUCUGAGAAAGCCCGACGAUGCGUUCUUGAUACUGGAAGACGAUGUCGACAUGGAGCAAGACAUCUCCGAGAGAUUACGCGCCGUCUGGAAUGUAUUGCCGGCGGGCUGGGAUAUCGUGUUCCUAGGGCACUGUUGGUCCAACGAAUCCCAUCAUCCCGCCUUGGUCGAACCCGAUGCGCUGUCCUCAAGCGCCCCACCGGUCGCUCUCCAUCCGUCAUUCGCCCCGAAGUGCACGCACGCCUACGCGGUCAAUCCCGCCAGCGCUCGCCGGCUACUCUAUCAUCUCACAUAUCCUCCCUUUGCAUAUUCGAGGGCACUCGACCAGGCGCUCGCAUGGCUGGUGCAGAGUAAUCGACUGAAGGCAUUCUCGAUCGUUCCGAGUCUUGUUGUACAACAUAAAGGUUCGGGCAGUGAUAUUGAUGAGGGGGAACAGGGUACAGGGAGCAGAUGGAGGGAUCCCUUGGAGCAUAGCAUACUUGGUAUAUGA